UCUGACACAUAAGAAGAAAAGAGGAGGCGGCGGCGGAAUAAGUUUGAGUCUCGGCGGAAAACAAGGUUUAAUCGCUCGAAUUGUGAGAACUGACGCGGUAACACGGUGUUAAAGUGUGGAUACAACCCGGCGGUGUGUGUGUGUGACCGGACUGUUUACGGUGUUAAGCAGAAUUUGGAGUUUUGUUGUUGAGGGAAGCGAACCCGAGUGGACCCGACAGACGUUACUCUGACUGCUCGUGAUUAAGUUUGUACUGUUGACCGGGAUUAAGCUCUUUGCGAUCAUGCCUGCGCGUUUGGAUGGAAGUAAGAGGCAACCCGAGCUCGUAUUUGGGCAGAGCUGAACAUUUAUACCGUCCCGCUUUGCUCUUUAAUAGCCCGAAUCCGGGUUCGCUGUUGACACCGGGAGUUUUAUGUGGACCGUUACUAACCGACCCGCCUGACACCUUGGAAACGGGCGCGUGCACCUAUCCUGCCUGCGUGUAGGGCGCGAGCCGAGCGAGCCAUGCCGGUGAGGAAGAAAGAUGCGCAGCGGGCUCUGUUGCUCUUGGAGGAAUACCGAACGAAACUCAACAACACAGAGGACCGACAGCUGAGGGGCUCCAUCCAGAGAGUCAUCGACAUCUUCCAGAGUAACCUCUUUCAGGCACUCAUAGAUAUCCAGGAAUUUUACGAAGUGACCUUAUCGGACAAUCAGAUAUGCAACGACCCUGUGAAAGCGUCCCCCGGCGUAGAUGCAGUGCACCUCUGGGAUUUCCCCAGCCCCCAAAGCACAACGGUCACCUCAGACACACUGCCCAGCAUUAGCACCAGCAUAGAGGAUUCUCCUCUGCUAUUCGAAAUCCUCCGUGCGCUCGCUAAGGCCAAAGCGUCCACCGGCGAGCCGGACCGAAAGUACAGACACAAUGACGAGGACACGUCUCCUCCGGAUCAGAGCUCGCCCCAGCUCACGGACGAAGCUCCGGGACCCGAGCUCGUCCAGGUGGCCGAGAAGAACAUCUCGCAGAUCGAAAACGUCCACGGCUUCGUGGCUCACGCGCACAUUUCCCCAAUGAAGGUUGAGUCUCUGGAGUGCAUCUUCGAUGGGCCGGCCACACCCGCCGAGAGUCCUCUCCUCAGCCCGUCCACCUCUCACCAGCAGACAGAUGCUGCCCCUCCCUCCUCUUCCAUAAUCCCUGUGAUCCCAAUCUCGCCUGUCCCAUCGGAGGCCGCCGUCAUCCCUUCACCGACGUCACAGGCAAAUCCUCCUCCUGUCGUGGUAAAUACAGAGAGUCUGGAUUCAGCUCCGUAUGUAAAUGGCACGGAGGCGGACUACGAGUACGAGGAGAUUACGCUGGAGCGGGCAAAUUCUGGACUGGGCUUCAGCAUCGCGGGUGGCACUGAUAACCCUCACAUCGGAGAAGAUCCCAGCAUCUUUAUCACCAAGGUCAUCCCAGGAGGCGCCGCCGCUCAGGACGGGAGACUUCGGGUAAAUGAUGUUAUCCUGCGUGUGAACGAGGUGGACGUCCGGGACGUGACCCACAGUAAAGCCGUGGAGGCGCUGAAGGAGGCCGGAUCGUUGGUCAGACUCUACAUCAGGAGAAGAAAAUCCAACUCUGAGAAAAUCAUGGAGAUCAAACUGGUUAAAGGACCUAAAGGCCUUGGUUUCAGUAUAGCUGGGGGUGUAGGGAACCAGCACAUCCCAGGAGACAACAGUAUCUACGUCACCAAGAUCAUCGAAGGAGGAGCUGCACACAAAGACGGCAGGCUGCAAAUCGGAGACAAACUUCUGGCUGUGAACAGCACAUGUCUGGAGGACGUGACCCACGAGAACGCCGUGACUGCCUUGAAAAACACCACGGACGUGGUGUAUCUGAAAGUGGCAAAACCCAACAGUGUCUUCAUGAACGACAGUUUUGCCCCUCCGGAUGUCACCAACUCUUAUUCCCAACAUAUGGAGAAUCAUAUCAGCCCUCCAAACUACCUGAAUCAGCCUCUGUCACAGUCGUCAUCGGGACACUUCUCCCCCACGCCGAAGACUCUCGGGGACGACGAACUGACACGAGAGCCCAGGAAGGUGGUGCUACACCGAGGAGCCACAGGGCUGGGCUUUAACAUCGUGGGUGGAGAAGACGGAGAGGGCAUCUUCAUCUCCUUCAUCCUGGCUGGAGGUCCCGCUGACCUGAGCGGAGAGCUGAGGAAAGGAGAUCGUCUCAUCUCGGUGAAUGGAGUAGAUCUGCGCAGUGCCACUCAUGAGCAGGCAGCCGCUGCUCUGAAGAAUGCAGGCCAGACCGUCACCAUCAUCGCCCACUACAAACCAGAGGACUACAGCCGUUUCGAAGCUAAGAUCCACGACCUGCGGGAGCAGAUGAUGAACAGCAGUAUCAGCUCGGGUUCAGGAUCUUUACGGACCAGUCAGAAAAGAUCGUUAUACGUCAGGGCGCUGUUCGACUAUGAUAAAACCAAGGACUCGGGUCUGCCCAGCCAGGGCUUGAAUUUCAAGUUCGGAGACAUCCUGCACGUGGUGAACGCCUCCGACGAUGAGUGGUGGCAGGCUCGGCAGGUCACCGCUGAGGGCGAGGUGGAGGAGAUGGGAGUCAUCCCCAGCAAAAGGAGAGUGGAGAAAAAAGAGAGAGCCAGGUUAAAGACUGUCAAGUUUAACGCGAAGUCUCGAGACAAAGGGUCCCUCAAUGACAAGCGUAGAAAGAACCUCUUUGCCCGCAAGUUCUCUUUCUACAAGAACAAGGAUGCGAGCGAGCAGGAAACGAGCGAUGUGGACCAGCAUGUCACCUCUAAUGCCAGUGAUAGUGAAAGUAGUUACCGUGGCCAGGAGGAGUACGUCCUAUCAUACGAGCCAGUGUGUCAGCAGGAAGUGAACUACUCUCGGCCGGUCAUCAUUCUGGGUCCAAUGAAGGACAGAGUAAAUGACGAUCUGAUAUCAGAGUUCCCGGACAAAUUCGGCUCCUGUGUUCCCCACACGACUCGGCCGAAGAGAGACUACGAGGUGGACGGGCGUGAUUACCACUUCAUGGUGUCUCGAGAGCAGAUGGAGAGAGACAUCCAGGAGCACAAGUUUAUCGAGGCGGGCCAGUAUAACAACCACCUGUACGGCACCAGCGUGCAGUCAGUACGAGAAGUGGCUGAAAAAGGUAAACACUGUAUCCUGGAUGUAUCAGGUAAUGCCAUCAAAAGACUACAGGUUGCUCAGCUCUAUCCCAUCGCCAUCUUCAUCAAACCAAAAUCAGUGGAGAACAUCAUGGAGAUGAACAGGAGGCUAACAGAGGAGCAGGGCAGAAAAACGUACGACAGAGCCAUGAAGCUGGAGCAAGAGUUCACCGAGCACUUCACAGCCAUCGUCCAGGGCGACACGCUGGAGGAAAUCUACGAUCAAGUCAAACAGAUCAUCGAGGAGCAGUCUGGACCAUACAUAUGGGUACUAUCCAAGGAGAAGCUAUGAAGAGGUCCACCCCCCCCCCUGUUGUCUUUUAUUUAUUUUAUUUCCUAUUUUAUUUUUUUUGUUAACAAUUUAAUCCCCGACGCUUCACUGUCGCCCCCCAAAUUCAGCUCACAGUCUCAUCACCUCUCCGAGAUCUUCGACAGGUGUCCCACAAGGCUGGGUAUGACGUCCCCCUUUGAGAUCUCCUGCUUCCAGUUCUUAGAGAUCAGGGGGGUUUUUGUUCCAGCCCAGAUGCAUUAGCAGAUGUGUAGAAGCGGUACAGUUCCUUAAUGUUUAAGGGAGGUUUUUUUUUUUUUUACAGAAGAAGAGACAAACGGACUGAGCUGAACCAUUUUUUUUUCAUUGUGUAAGUUUAUACCAGGGUGCGAGUCUCAGGCAUUAGAGUCGUAAAAUCGCCGGGGUAAAAAAUGACACGAAGCAAACCUUUGCACGUAAUAGCUUUAAGAGCAUGUCGUCUUUAUCUUCUUUUUACCAUAGUACGACAUUUUCAUACAUGAUUCUUCCUCCAAGCAUCCAAGCUUUGUUUUUAACACGUCACAUUCAUCAGCGUGAAACUGUUACCUUUAUGUUUUUUAAUUUCCUCAUUUUUAAUGACGUCUUACAUCCAGUUUAUCAUUUUUAACGUAGGAAAGUCUGCCAUUUGUAAGGAACUGCCAUGUUGUGUACAUUUGUGGCCUAAAUUGCCAUCGUGUACCCGAGAGAAUUUAUUGUACAAUGAAAUUAACAGAUAUUUAACCCUCCAUGAACUGCCUAUUUUGUUAUAAUAAAGUCUCUAGUGAAUUUUACUUACGCACUAGUACUAUGGGAGUUAUUUUCUUUACAUUAAGACGUAUAUAAAGAGAGGAAUUUUACAGACUUAUAUAAUAUGGAUAUAUAUCUAUUUUUCCCUUCUUUCCUUUGGCCUUCUUUAUUUUCCUAUACUGAAUGAUUCUCACAUCAACAUAAAGCAUGGAGUCGAGUGUGCCAGCUUGAGCGAGACCGAUGCCGGCCGUCUGUGCCGGGGUGUUUACGCUCGCAGACCCCUAGAAACAAACCCGGCUCUGUUGGUCAAGCGUCGAUUCAGGUCCUCUGCUUUCCCAAGAGAGGGCACGCCGUUCUCUCCACUGGACUGUUUUCUAUCGAGACCGAUGGCUCUACCGCCUCAGCUCUGCUUUUCAGGAACACUUUGGGACUGUAAAACAAUAAAUCCAUGUAAAUAACCUACUGAUCUGAUUCAUUCCAUCGAUCCGAACGAACCAGAGCGGCUAAUUCAACAAAUAAAACGGUUUCUCACACAGACAA